AUGCAAAAAAUACCUAACCGUGGGAUUGAGGAUGCAGCGGCGGCGAUCGCAGAAGCGGCGGUGAUCGAGGAAGCGGUUGUGAUUGCAGAAGCAGCGACGCCCAGGCCAACGACAGUGUGUUGGUCCAGCGUCAACGAAGAGAGCAAGUUUUCAAAGCCUUUAGGGGAAACAUUUGAUCCACUCCCUUCCUCCUUCACCACCAUGGUUAUUGUGGACUUUCUUUCUCACCUGAAAGAUCUGUGCCCCAAACAAACCCCAAUCCUUGCUCCUUCUUUUCUUUGCGAUCAUCACUGUAUUGGGAAGAUGGAAGCAACAGAGUUGAUGUGCUACCACUACUUGUCGCCGUUUCAGCACCCAUCAAUGUUGUUGUCUCCGACCACCUGUCACCGCCUACAUAUCCAGAUGCAAGAUGUGAGUUUCUUCUCGUCUGUUAAGCCUUUGACGAGGUUGUUACCAUCGAUUAAGGGGGUCAGCAGAGUAGUGGGUGAAAUGUUCGUCGCGAUCUGCCCCUUGAUUUCCUCUAGCAAAGCUUCUUCGAGGAUCUUGACAAGGUUGAAUUCUGAAAAUGUAUCAAGUAUGUUUAUGUAGAUGAUUUAAUGGAUGAUAUUAG